AUGCCCAUGUUUGAUUUCUCUGAUGGGAACAAAGUUACAUUCAGUGUUCUACGUGAUGGUCAUACGUUGAAGUCUGGCAGUGUUUCGUCUUUGCAAGUUUGCAUGGAAAGAGUCCUGCCUGACACAGCAGUAACAAAACGGCCUAAUAUCUUCAGCUGCGCUUUCCUGAACAAAUGUCACGUCACGUUUUCCUCUCUGAAGCAGGCCAGUACAGUAUACAGAAAGCAUGAGCCCAUCUUUUUCCAGUCCCUUGGCAAUCCCUUUAUUUUUAGGUGCAUAGAUGGCGUCCUUAUUGAUGGGAACGAUAAAGGACUAUCAAGAUCAGUGUACAGGUCUUGCAGCAGGAGAGAUCAACUUGGCCCAUUUCAAAUGAGCGAUGAGAGCUGGCUCACAGCUGCCCCGCAAAACCCACUAGCGGUGGGACAGUAUGUCAACAACUGCUCACAUGAAAAAGCAGCCAACGUGUGUUAUCAGGAGUUUGAUGUGCCGGGAUAUUUUCCAGUAGAACUGAAACAGUAUCUUCCAAACAUCGUCUACAGCCAUGACAUAGAGAGCCACCCGAGGUGUGUAGUGCUUGUCACUCUCAGAGACAUCAAGCAAGGAGAAGAACUUUUUUCUAAUUACUACACCAUUGUCAGCUGAAUUAAU